AUGUCAGACUUGAAUUGGUGCACACAUUGCGAUAAUGCCAUUAGUCCAUCGUCAGAUUCGCUAUAUUGUUCAGAGAAAUGCUUGAGGUCAGAUGCACUUAAUCACCACCCAUCACUCGGGUAUAAAUUUCCAGAAUUUGAGCAUUUUUUAAAGGAUUCUUCAAAAGAAGAAUUGACGACGAUUGCGAUGCCUCGUACAGGACACUCAAGGAAAUCGUUUUUAUUUGAGAUUGAAGACCCAUUUCCAACAACAUGUAAAAGCAAUAGACCAAGCAUACUAAGCAUAAGCACUAGCAGCAGCAGCAGUAGUAGUAGUAGUAGUAGUAAUACCAGUAAUUUAUUUAAACACAAUCCAAGACAUUAUAAAUAA